AUGAACUCGAUUUUUCAGGAUAUCAUGGAGCUUCUAGAAAAGCGUGUUAAAUCUCGCUUUUCUCAUCGCCAAAUUCAUUUAUACCCCAUCGCCGCCCCAUUGGGCACUCCAUCUUGUUCCACAAACCCCGACAACGAUGAGAGCACCGCGUUGGCAGCAUUCAACGUGUUCCGCUUGGCAUGCAAAAAUAUGCUGACCGUCAAGUCUGACUACGUUUUGUCAACACUUCGCAAAUCGAUCACUGCUAAAGAGCGUCUGGAGUUAAACUCGUCCAUCGCUUCAUGGAAUCAACAUGUAUCUGACCUAAUGGAAGACGAAAUAGUUGUCGACUCACUGCGCCAGGCCUGGUCCGUGUCUGUCAGUUUACGCAGGUUGAAUAACCUUCUGGUCCCCAUCGUCUCAAAGCUGGGCCCAACGAAAACCCGCAUAGAACCCGUUGAGUUCAUCGACUCAAUUUGCCUCUUACAGCAGGAUGCAAAGAUCAGCUUGUUACAAGGUUUCCUUACCCUUCUAAUUGUUGCUAAAGUUUUAUACACCUUUCCAUUUUUCAAUCCUGUCCUUACUUUUUUCUUUCGCUCACUUUUUUGGAGGGCUAUCCGUUUUGGAACUAUUUCUGCUCGUUACUCUUGUCAAGCUACACGAAAUUCGCGACGGGCGACCUGCGAACUUCGAGCUUCUCUACGUUGAGUACUCAAAGUUUUGUCGUGCCAAUUGCCCUGCUUACCUCUACGAUAAGGCUGUCGUUUUCAAACUCUUGGACAAUCUUAUUGACUUGGAACUUGUGGUUUGUGGAAAGGCGGCUCUGAACGCUGCUGCCACUUCUGCUGUCGGACGUAAUGUACCCGGCGGAACCACCACCUUACCCAACUACCGUCCUCUAUACUGCUUUGUUGACGAAGCCACCUUAUCGGAAUGUUUGGAUGUAUAUCCGAAUUGUCCCACGGAAUUGCGAUUUUGGAUCCGUUCACGCACAUUUUGAGCCGAUUCCCCUGGUGUGUUUUAGCAACAUCUAUUUUUUUUUAUAUUGAGAGAUUCCAAACGGUGCUGGCAGGAAUGUAAAGCUUUUUUACAAGAUGUUCGACUAACUACUCGCCGCAUUUAUUGUUCUCUUUUCAUUUUGUAUUUUCCUUGCUAACGAAUGGCUAUUACUAAUCCGCAGAUACCCCCUUAAUUAUUUGCCUUUUUGGUUCAUGUGGCCUGUCCUUGUUCUAUGUAAGAGUCUGUAUUCUGUAAGUUGCUUGCAUUUCGCACAGCAUUUAAGCAAACUCUUCACUGUCAUAUUUUUAUCGCGCCUAUGAAUCUAUUCCGCUCGUGUUGACGUUUGGUUUUCAUCCUUAAACCAUAGCUUCGUUUCUUCGAACUUCCCCUUGGUUUAGAUAAUUCCAAACCACUUUCGCAUCCGCCUCAUCUGACAUUUUGUGGUGCUGUCAACUUCUCAUUCGCCUAUUUUGUUCUUUCGUUUGACUCCUGCAGCAUAAUUUCCGUCAGCUAACCAGACCAGCUAAUUCAGAUUUUACUUGGCGGCUGCAUAUAGCUUCCACAAGGUACAGUGAAUUUUUCAGAGAACUACCGUAAAACCUUCUGGAAUUGAUGGAUAAACGGCUUUGAAGCUGUUUUUAGUAGUUAUGUAACUCUAACUAGGAAGUGUGAUAACAUAGGACUUUUAGAAGACCUCAGUUUACCUUUGUGAAACCACAGACAUGUGCUUCUGCACCCUCCGAAAUACCUGCAUCGUAUUCUGGCACAAACAUCGUGCACUGAAAAAGCGCAAGCAUUAUUAAAACGAAUUGAACGAGUUACAGAAGACAAUAUAUCCCUCAACAAUUUGGUAAGAAAAGGUUUAUUGUAGUAUGCUAUUCAUAUGCGAACUAUGUCUUCUCAGUGGUGUCUCUCAGGCUCAUGUGAUUAUCGUGGCCACAGGCUAGCAUUACUUAACUGUUUAUCUGACAUACAAGUUUUUAUACCUGUUUGGAACAUCACUAUAUUUACAAUGACAUUUCCAGUGCUAGCUUAUUAUACGGCGUUGCUCGUUGAAUUGAACGGCGCACUGAUCUAUUUGCAGCUCAGACCGUCCUCUCUGCUUGUAAUUUCCCCAUGUAUUUUUCAAAAACCGCUCACUGUCUGCUUUUGUCUUUAUUUCUUAUCAUACCUGAGCACCUGCAGCGCACAACGG